CCAUUAUUUCUUUCGUAAAAAAAAAAAAAAGUAAAAAAAGAGAAAAAUAAAAGCAGAGAGAAAAAAGAACUGAUAAAAAAAGAUUUCAAUACAAACAUAAAGAUAGCGUUCGUUGGAAUUUAAUCUCUAGAUAAAGAUGUUACACACAUGGGAGAUAGGAAAAAUAAGAAAAAUCAAAAAAGAAAAAAGAAAAAACAAAGAGGAAAAAAGAAAGAAGAAAAAACAAUUUGGUCAAAUCGAAACUGUAUUGGAAACUUCGCGUGCACGUGAUCGCAACCGAGACGCAUGCGAUACUGCGGUUACCAGUACGAUGUCUACGUAUUAUAACAUGAUCUAUGACGCCCAGAGAAUUGCGUAACGUGUGUAGCAUAAUGAGCCUACACGAAUUAGAUCAAGUAUAUCGCAACAAGGUCACGUAACGCGCUUUACUUCAACACCUCCCUCCUAUCAUCCCUCUCUCUCUCUCUAUAUAUAUAUAUAUACAUCCUGUAUAAACACCUUCUUCGUAUAAACAACUCAUUGACCUUCUUCUAUCAUCGCAUUCACCUUCAAAUUCGAUCUGGUAAUCGACCAAAAAUUUUGAUGUCGUUACGUUUCGAGGUUAAGGACAACGAAGACGAAGAGGAAGAGGAGAAAGAGGAAGAAGAAGACGAAGAAGAGGAAGAGGAAGAAUAAAAAGAGAAGGAAAAAGAUUAAGGAGAAAAAGAAAUUCGAAGCUAGCGGGGCGCUAGGCGCCAAUAGAUUCGCGACGUCGCGUUCGAGUUCGCGACUCAUCCGCCAAUAGUAGUUGCUCGUGAUGCUGCACGCGAGGAUCGUCGUCGGCGGUGUCGCGACGUCGUCCCGUGUUACGUGCUCUACCACGUCGAAUAAUUUAUCUCGUAUUCUUUUACGUUGUCACAUAGAUGUCGAAAAAAAAAUCCGAUCGAUCGGUGAUCGUGCGAUCAAUCGUGGCCAAAUUACUCGACAUGACAUGCGCGGAAAUUACCUGAAGAUGUUGGAGAAGUGCAAGUCAAAGAAACUUCCACCAGAUGUCAAUCAUAAAGGUGUUUUCGCUUGCAACGAGCUCGACCUAGAGGAAGUUAAAGUCUAUGGAUUCGAUUAUGACUACACUCUCGCUUGUUACAAACCCUCGAUGGAUUAUCUACUUUAUAACUUAGGACGAGAUAUGUUAAUACAAAAAUACAAGUAUCCAGAAGGCAUCAGUGAACUCGAAUACAAAGAGGAUUUUGCUGUCCGUGGACUUCAUUAUGAUAUCGAGAAGGGUCUAUUGUUGAAACUUGAUAGUUUCCUACAAAUUCAGUUUGGUACUGUUUAUCGAGGUCUACAUCCGUUGCCCAACGAAGAUGUUCUCAGGCUCUACAAGAACAGGAUAAUUCCAAUAGCUUACGUAGAAGCACCAAACAAACACUCACAGGAUGAUUUGCAUCGAACAAAAAUGGUCCAACUGGCAGAUCUAUUUUCUGUACCGGAAAUGAGUCUAUUAUGCAACGUCACGGAAUACUUUUUAAGGAAUCAUAUCGAUUAUCAUCCGGAAAUACUUUUCCGAGAUGUUAAGAAUUCCGUGAAAAAUUGUCAUCCCAUAAUGCACGGCAUGGUAACGGAAAACGUAACCGAAUAUCUGGAACAGAACAAAGAUUUGAGGAGGUUCUUUGAGAGGCUCAAAAAUGCUAAGAAAAAUAUGUUCUUAGUGACGAACAGUCCAUUUCAUUUCGUUGACAUAGGUAUGAAAUUUUUGGUUGGCGAUAAUUGGAAGGAUUAUUUCGACGUGGUGAUCGUGCAAGCGAGAAAGCCAAGAUUCUUCACGGAGGAAUCACGGCCAUUACGAAUUUACGAUGAAGUGAACAAGACUCAACUCUGGGAUCGCGUAACCAAAUUACAAAAAGGUGUCAUAUACCUAGAAGGUACGGUCAAGCAGCUGCAAGAUAUGACAGGAUGGCGAGGACAUCAAGUGUUGUAUUUUGGUGAUCACCCGUAUAGCGACCUGGCGGACGUAACUCUGGAACAUGGUUGGAGAACCGGUGCAAUAAUUAAGGAAUUAACUCACGAAAUUGAAACACUAAAUCAUCCAAAAUUCAAACAGAACGCGAACUGGCUUCAAAUGUUGACCGGUCUAAUAGAGGAACAUCAAGAUUACGAAGGUCCAGAAGUUCAGGACGAGCUUAACCAAUGGAUGGAGGAACGCGAUCGACUGAGAAAUGAAAUAAAGUGUGUAUUCAAUAAACAGUUCGGCUCGGUCUUCAGGACGUAUCACAAUCCGACCUACUUCUCAAGAAGACUUUUUAGGUUCGCGGAUGUUUACAUGAGUUCGAUCACGAAUCUUUUAGAAUACUCGACGAGUCACACGUUUUAUCCGAGAAGAGGUGUCAUGCCUCACGAAUACACGAGUUACUUCGUGUAAAUAAUUCGAAUUUGUAAAUGCUUCCGUUUUCUCUCUUUCUCUCUCUCUCUCUCUCUCUCUCUCUCUCUCUCUCUCUCUCUCUCUCUCUCUCUCUCUCUCUCUCUCUCUCUGUAUAUAUAUAUAUAUAUAUAUAUGCGUGUAUAUGUGUAUAUGUGUGUGUAGAAAGAGAGACAGAAAUAGGAAGAUAUAUAUGUAUAUAUAUACAUAUAUUUUUUUAUUCUUUUCUUUUCUAUGUGAAUGACUUGUACUUCAUGAAAAUUCUUCCUCUUAUAAUUUACAGUUAAAUAAUCGAAAGAAAAGAAAUAUUCUCGAGUUUCACUCGAUAUAUUUAAAUGAAUAUCUAUAGUUAAUCAAGUUAAAGUUUGAUUCGACGGAAAGAUUGAUAAAUGGUUUUUUAAUUAAAUCACUUGUCGAAUUGUGGGAUAACGUUAAUUGAAUUCUCGUGAUUAAAAGAUCAUCUACAUCGAAUUUAUAUAUAAAUAUAUAUAUAUAUAUAGAUGAGCCUGUGACAUAUGUCAAUAUAUGUAAUAGUAUUACAAAGAGAUUAUCUAUAUUACUGUUAUGUUUAUAUAUAUAUAUAUAUAUAUAUAUAUAUAUAUAUAUAUAUAAAUCUAAUAGAGUUUUAGCAAACUGUUAUAUGCACGUGAAUAAUCCUCAUUCGUAGCGCUAUAAUUAUUGAAAUGAAAUAUACAUAAAUGUGUGCAUUUAUCUAACAAUGCCAAAUGUUUGUCUAAAUACCUCUAUAACGAGAGAUAUAUUUGUUUUAUUGUGAUUAAAGUUGCUAAAAUUGUUGAGAGAAAUCAAAAAAAAAAAAAGAGAAAAAAAAUAGUAGAAUUCGUUCAAGUACAAAUAUAUCGUAGUCAAAGAUAGAAUUUUAAUCGAUGGUGAUUGUUCAAAAAAAAAAGAGAGAUAUAGUAUAUACAUACAUAUAUAAAUAUAUAUACACAGAAAAAAGUAUUUACAUUCUCGUUAUAUUAUACAAAAAAAUUUAUAAUAACUUUACGAGUUUAUGCCGAUGAUUUAGAUUGGAUUUAUUGUUUAUUUUUAUAAAGAUCAUAUCGAAGAAAAAACCAUUCAAAAACAUAUCUAAAAGUUAAUUAAUUAUAAUAGAAGAUAUUAUAAAUGAUAUAGUAUUUCUUUAAAAUUUUUGUAAAUGUAUUUUACUUCACAACGAUUGAUCUUGUAUAAAAAUCAAACAAAAAGGAUUAGAUAAAAAAAACGAAAGAACAAAAAAUCAAAAUGUUCAUUGAACAUUAUUCAAUAGAUGAACGAAAACGAAUGAUAAUAAAAUCAGAAUAAAAUACAACUUUCAAACAGA